AAUGUUAAUGAAACGUCACCGUGUCGAAGAAACGUAACAGUAAAUUAUAAUUGCAACGUUACCUGUGAUAAUUUCCAAGAUGAUCAAUGCUUAUAUACAUCUAUUACUUUUUGGGGUUUUGUUAUCUUGUUGUUGUUUGGUAACACUGGUUAUUAUGUGUCCCUCAGCGCAAAUGAUACUAUUUGCUUUGACAUAUUAGGUGAAAUUGGACAAAUGAGAUACGGCAGACAGCGAUUAUGGGGUACACUUGGUUUCUGUCUACUGACACUUCUGUCUGGUUUUGCAAUAGAUUUGUGGUCGAAAGGGAAAAUUUAUAAAACUUAUACACCAGCGUUUAUUUUGGUGCUUGUAUUCAUUUGUAUCGAUUUAAUCUUCUGUAGAAAAUUAAAGUUGAAACUGUCAAAAUCGCCAAGUAUAUUAAAAAAUGUGUAUGCAAUUUUGAAAUUGGCACCUAUUGUUAUAUUUCUAUUUAUCGCUGUCUUUGCUGGUAUUUUUGAAAGUCUCUUAAUCAAUUUUUUAUUUUGGUACAUAGAGGAUCUUGCUAUGGCAACUGGUUAUAUGGGUCAAGUUAAAUUAAUAGAGGGUUUAACAAUGUCCACAGCUUUUAUCGGUAGCAAAGUAAUAUUCUUCUUUAUGUCUGGCAAAAUAUUAGAAAAGUUUGGAUACGGGUACACACUUACAUUCUGCUUUUUAUGCUACGCACUGAGGAUGGCAUUACUAUCUCUAGUGCCAUCGCCAUGGUAUGCAGUUUUGGUAGAAGGUGUUUUGCAAGGGCCAUCAUUUGCGCUUUGCUUGGCAACAAUAGUAACGUAUGCGAACGUAAUAUCACCACCUGGUACAUCAGCUACUGUUCAAGCAAUUGCGUCUGGCAUGAAGGAUAGUCUCGGAUAUGCGAUUGGUAGUUUUUUUGGUGGUUUCUUAUUUAAAAAUGUUGGUGGUCGAAUGGCUCUAAGAAUAUAUUCAGGACUCGCAGCACUUGCUGCUUUAGUGUACAUUUCACUUUAUAUUUUAUACUUAAAACGUACAACGCUAUCAUUAGACAUACGAAAUAACGUUGAAUGGAGAAAACCUGACGAUGCGCGAAGAGAAUGUGUUAUGGAUGAAAUGUAAUGCAUGUUUUAUAUAUGUAUAUGUUAUAUUUAUAUAUGUACUUUCUUCAUAAAUAAUAAUGUAGCACAAAAUAUU